AUGGCGACGAAGGAAAAAUUACGCGUAGAUGGACUGGUUUUACCGGGAUUUUCGCCCCUUUUAGCUGAUGCCCGAAAGCGAUUAUUGGAUAUUGAGAAUUUACCCAUGAGAAAAGACGAUGUUCUCAUUAGUUCCUAUCCAAAAUCAGGCAACCACUGGAUGAAUGAAAUUGUACCUCGUCUUCUGAACUCCAUGCUGGAUUUUGACCAUAGAUUGAAUUACACGUUUCUGGAGUUCAUGCCGGAUCUGAUGGACCUGCAGGUUAUGCCUUCCCCAAGAGUUAUGACAUCUCAUCUUCCAUAUCAAUGUCUGCCAAAAGAACACAUUACAAACCGCGGAAAGAUGAUCCAUAUCAUACGGAACCCAAAAGACAUUGCAGUGUCCGCCUUUUAUCAUUUCAACAUAGACCCAACCGUCAAGGAUUAUGUGUGUCCUGAAUGGUCUGAAUUUCUGGAUGAUUUCCUACAUGGAGAAAUUUGUUAUGGAAGUUGGUUCGACAGAGAGCUUGAGUGGGAGAAAGCAGCACUGGUAAACCCCGAAAACAUACUGAUUCUUUAUUACGAGGAACUGAAAAUUAAUGGAUUACAAACGAUGAGGAGCCUCUCUGACUUCCUUGGAAUUCCACACAGCAGUAAAUUUCUGCAAGAUGUCUAUGAAAAAUGUUCUUUUGAUGAAGUGCAGAAAAGAAAAAUGGGAACUGAUGAUGAGUACAUUUAUAGGAAAGGGAUGGUGGACGAUUGGAAGUCACGCUUCACUAUCGCUCAAAAUGAGAAGACCAAUCAUGUGUUUAACGAAAGGAUGGGUGACUCGAAACUAAGAAUACGUAUGAAUACAUCCGGGAAACAUUGAGACAGUUUGCAGCUUCAGAACUGGUUGUUCAUUUCAGAAUCAUC